CAGCGCCGCACCCGGAGCGAUGCGUCAAGCGUCAAUUGCGUGAAAGCAACAUGUCGCGCUUCGUCUGAUCGGAUCGUAGACAGCUUGUCCGCGUCUCUCCGCGAUAACUAUUAGAUACCUCUCGUCCGUCUGCUCGUCGCGAAUCCAGCUUGCGACUCCCGAAUGCGUCGACGUUCCCGCGCGAUUAUGACGCCGCGCCGCGAGUCGGUAUCCGACGUAUCCUCACCGUCGUCGAGGCGAACAUAACCCCGAGACAAUGAACCACCCUGUUCCCGAGACAUUCUCCUAAUCGCGUGCGGGCGAGCAAGAACGGGCUUUGUGCGUCAACGAACAAAUAUUCCGGUCGUCUUGGGCUGAAAAGAAGAAUCGACAUGGGACUGCUAUUUGCCAAGCUGUGGAGCUUCUUCGGCAACGAAGAGCAUAAGAUAGUUAUGGUCGGUUUAGACAAUGCUGGAAAGACGACUAUAUUGUACCAAUUCCUGAUGAACGAAGUUGUUCACACAUCUCCAACCAUUGGCUCUAACGUCGAGGAAGUGGUGUGGAAGAAUAUACAUUUUAUCAUGUGGGAUUUGGGUGGCCAGCAAAGUUUGAGGGCUGCCUGGUCCACUUACUACACAAACACCGAGUUUAUCAUUAUGGUUAUAGACAGUACAGAUCGAGAGCGACUCGGUGUAAUUAGGGAAGAGCUGUAUUUCAUGUGA